AUGGCGUCGGCUCAGGUAGCGAGGGUUGCAGCCGUACCACCACCCCAAGCCCAGGCUCAGCCUCAGGGUCAGGCUCAGCCUCAAUCCCAGGUCCAGGUUCAGAGCCAGCCUCAGUCCCAGACGCAGAACCAGGCGCUAGGAGAGCAACAGAAGAAGAAUAGAAUCCAAGUUUCCAAUACCAAGAAGCCACUCUUCUUCUACGUAAAUCUUGCUAAGAGGUAUAUAGAGCAGCACAAUGAGGUUGAGCUCUCUGCAUUGGGAAUGGCAAUUACUACUGUUGUCACUAUUGCUGAGAUUUUGAAGAACAAUGGACUGGCUAUCGAAAAGAAAGUGUCUACAUCUACGGUUGGCAUGAGGGACGAGAACAAGGGUCGACUGGUGCAGAAGGCUAAGAUUGAGAUUGUGCUGGGGAAGUCUGAAAAGUUUGAUUCUAUAAUGAGUGCUGCUGCGGCUGCUCAAGCUGCUCAGGAGCCAGCUGCUGAGGGCAAGAAAUGAUAAUAAAACUGUAACACCCCUCUAUGGUUCAUUGUUGUAGUUUAAUAUUCACAUUAUUUCAUGCCAGAACUGAGAUAAGUAGGGUAAUAGGUAGCUGAUUCUUUUGAAGUUGCUAGUAUGGAAUAGUAAAGAGAGUACAGAAAACAAGUAUCAUAAAUGAUGUGGCAGUCCAGAGAGGUUGCAGUGGGAUGCUACUCUCUA